AUGGAGGCUGUCGUGUUUCGUCUGGCUGUGUUCUUCUCUCUACUGCUCACUGUCCUGGCUCAGACCCAGCCGGAAUCCAGCAUCUCCUACUUUGACAACCUUCCUGCUCGUCUGUUCUUCUUUGCCGACACAACUACCGCCAUAUACCAUGAUGUAGUUGCGGGCAACGUACAUGUCUCGCAAGAUGAGGGCAAGACGUGGAACUUAGCGGCAGGCCUCCCAGAGGGGAAGGCCGCUAUGGUCAUCGAGCAUCCAUUUGACAAGAGCUAUGCAUUCGUACUCACUAGGGGUACAACACAUUACCGCACCGACGAUCAGGGCCGGACUUGGCGUUCGUUUGACAUGCCUGUGGCCCCUGCCCUAGUUGGGCAGCCACUGUCAUUCCACUCCGAUAAAUCCAAGUAUGGGUAUAUCCUUUAUCAAGGCACGCGAUGCGAGUCAUCUGGGGGCUGGGGGUCAAUUUGUUACGAUGAGACCUAUUACACCAAAGAGGCUUUUAGUGGCGAACCGCAGCUUCUUCUUGAGGAGACAUCCCGCUGCCAGUUCGCUCAUAGCAGCGCCGACUUCGUACAUGACGCGCAUUCAGACCUAAUCUACUGUGUUGCUUUCGACUCAACAUCGACGUCAGGCUCACACUCGCUGUCCGCAAGCCGACUGUUCUCGUCCACAGACUUUUUUGACUCCAACAGCAAGGUCGAAGACCUUGGCAUCGGGAAGAAUGCGAAAGGUGUCGUCGCGUUCGCGAUCGUCUCCAAGUUCGCGGUAGUCGCGCUGCGAGAUUUAGCCCCAGGAAAUACAGGCGAAAUGCUGUUGUACGUAUCGGUGGAUACCAAAACAUGGGCCAAGGCUCGCUUUCCACACGCGUCGUCGGCGCGGCUUCGUGAGAAUGCGUAUACAAUUGUUGAGUCGACGACGCAUUCUAUCGCGGUCGACGUCAUGUUACAAGACCAGACGACUAUUGGCACAUUAUUCGUCAGUAAUUCCAACGGGACGUUCUUUGUCGAAAGCUUGAAGGAUACUAACCGGAAUGAGAUGGGAUAUGUGGACUAUGAGACUUUGUAUGGAAUCGAGGGUGUUGGCCUGGCAAACAUAGUUGGUAAUGCACAAGAAGUGGAGGCCAGAAGAGCGACGAAGCAGCUGCAGACAAGGAUUACAUUCGAUGAUGGUCGCUCGUGGUCUCGUCUUCGGCCACCCAGCGAAGACAGCGAAGGUCGCCGAAUUCCAUGCAACCCCAGUGAUGACAGCUGUUCUCUGCACCUUCACUCUAUCACAGUUCCUCACAAUUUCGGACGCGUCUUUUCUUCUCCUGCCCCCGGUCUCGUUAUGGGCGUUGGGUCAAUUGGUUCAUAUCUUCAUCCAUAUGAGGACUGCGAUACGUUCUUGAGCACUGACGCCGGGAUAACGUGGAAGAUGGUCCGCAGGGAUGCUCAUAAGUAUGAGUUUGGCGAUCAGGGUAGUAUCAUGGUUCUGGUUAAUGAUGAGGAGAGUGCCGACACCAUCAGCUAUUCGAGCGACUUUGGGAGCACUUGGCAAACAUAUGACUUUGGCGUAAAGCUGCGCGCACGAAUUUUGACCACCGUGCCUGACUCGACAUCGCAGAAGUUCAUGCUAGUUGGUCAAGUUACUAAGCGAGACCAGCAGUCGGGGCAGGGUCGCUAUGCAGUUGUAUUCCUCGACUUCGCCGCCACUCGAUCGCGUAAAUGCGAUGAACACGAUUUUGAGCAGUGGUAUGCAAGAUCUGCGAAACAUGCGUGUCUGAUGGGCCAUAAGCAAUGGUAUAAACGGCGAAAGCUAGACGCGAACUGUUAUGUUGGCGACAAGUUUACUGACCCAGUUGAGCACGAGGACAAUUGCCCUUGCAGCGAUGAAGAUUACGAGUGCGAUUAUAAUUUCAUACGCCAAGGCAAUCGGUGUAUUCCGUCGGGCCCGGAGCCAAUCCCUGCCGGCGUGUGCUCCCUUGAUAUCCCCGAUCAGACAUACCUCGGCUCCUCUGGAUAUCGACGCAUACCGGGAAAUACGUGUGAUAGGGAGGCUGGUGACAAGAAAGAUGAACGCGUAGAAAAGCCAUGUUCUAAUGCGCAACCUCGUGAGGGGGAAAUUGUCCAUCAGACGUUCGAGUUCCAGGCGCCAGUCGUUCAAUUCGCGUAUUUCAAAGGUUCUACGACCAUUCUUGUUCGGCUGGGGGAUAACACCAUCUGGCAAUCAAGUAAUGAAGGUUAUACCUGGCAACAAAUCGGUGGCAGCGAUAAAUUUGUCGCAUUUUACCAUCACACCUCCAGCUAUGAUCGCGCAUAUUUGAUUACCGUAACGGAACGCUACUGGUAUACUGAAGACACCGGAAAGACGUGGUCUUCUAAGGGCCAAGGGCCGAUGACGCCCAAUAAUUUCGGUCUACAGAUCUUGCAUUUCCAUCCAAAACAAUCCGAUCACCUCAUCUGGACUGGUAGCCAGGGGUGCACUGGAUUUGGGGAGAAUUGCCAUGUCGAGGCUUUCUACUCUUUAAAUAACGGCAAAAGUUGGAAUUUGAUCGAGAAGUACGUUCGCAAUUGCGCGUGGGCGCGGGAUAAGGAACUCUUGGUAGAUUCGACUCAGAUUAUCUGCGAAAUCUACAAAAACAAAGAGGGUUCGCAACGAUUCUUCCAGAUGGACAAUCCACUUGAACUGUAUAGUGGCUCAAACUACUUCGACGCACGCACCAAACUCUUCAAUCAUGUUGUCGGGUUCGCAAAGUUCAGCGAAUUCCUGAUUGUUGCUGAAUAUCAACCACAGAGGCAAGCUCUCGAUCUACAAGUGUCAUUAGAUGGGAAAGUAUUUGCGAGUGGGAUGUUUCCACCGAAUAUGCGGCCAGACCAGCACGCUUAUACCAUCCUCGAGUCUAGCACGCAAGCCGUCUUCUUGCACGUCACAAUAUCGGAACCUCCCAGUCCAUUCUGGGGAAAUAUCUUGAAAUCGAACUCGAAUGGAACGUAUUAUGGCGUUUCACUAGAUAAUGUCAAUCGCAAUGAAGCAGGCUACGUUGAUUUCGAGAAGAUGAUCGGACUGGAUGGUAUCGCGCUGGUGAAUGUUGUUUCCAAUCCUGAUGACGCAGCUAUCACUGGCCGGAAGGAACUCCAAUCACGUAUCACUCACAACGAUGGCGGAACGUGGAAGCCCCUUACUCCUCCACUCUUCGAUUCUUUGGGCAACAAUUAUGAAUGUAGUCGUACCGUAAGCGAGCGUUCGAUCUUGCCAAAUAAGCCACUAUUGACUGUCGCAGAGCUGCUCAUUGCAUAUUCAUGGCUAUACUGA